CGCUGGCGCUUUAGUGUAGCAUUGGAAGCAAAGGGAAGGAGUGUGCGCCAUUUGGGCUCCACCGUUGACUGAGUGAUGCGCUGUGAAGUAGACGUUUUAUGAGUGGGAGGUUGACGUGCGGAUCUUAGCUGUGUAUGAGGAAGGAAAGACAGGUGUGAAGCAUCACUGUCAUCACAUCACAACUCAUUACGUGUCUUGGAAAGCAACGCCCGUGAGGUGCCAUGGGCGUGCGGGGGGCAGUGGGAGUGCUGGUGGUGCUGGCGUGGGCGUUGGUGGGCGUCAGGGGUCACGGCAGACUGAUUGAGCCUCCCGGGAGAUCAACGGCCUGGAGGUAUGGCUUCGACACCCCUCACAACUAUAAUGACCACGAGAUCUACUGCGGAGGAUUCGCAAACCAGUGGCAGCGAAACGGGGGCAAGUGUGGCCCGUGCGGUGAUCCCUUUCAGAGUCCCCAACCGCGGGACAACGAGGGUGGCGGCAAGUACGGGCGCGGCGUGAUUGUGAAGAAGUACAAGCACAGCAGCGUGGCGGUGAUCGGCGUGGAGCUCACCGCCAACCACCGAGGCUUCUUUGAGUUCCACAUUUGCCCGCAUAACAAUCCCUUGCGUCCCGUGUCCGAGAAGUGCCUCCAGCAGCACCUCCUGAAGCAGGCUGAUGGCAGCGGGGCCAGGUACUACCCCGGGACGGGGUCCAAGAAGUUCUUCGCCAGGUACAGGCUGCCGGCUGGACUAACGUGCAAGCAGUGCGUGUUGCGUUGGCGCUACGUGGCGGGCAACAACUGGGGCAAGUGUGAGAACGGUACGGGCAUGGUGGGCUGCGGGCCACAGGAGGAGUUCCGUUCGUGUGCAGACAUCACUAUCACUGAGGAGGACGGCUCGGCGGACGACACCCCGAGCUACGUGCCAGACUACGAGGACGACUACAACGAGGUGGACGUGGAGAGCCACGCUGGCAAGCCCACGCUGGUGCCCGAGGACCAGGUGAACCACGUGGGGCACGUGGUGGCCCUCACGCUAGCCUUCCUGCUCAUCAUCGUGGUGCUGCUUGGCCUCAUUGUCUACUUUUACUGGGCCAAGGACGCCUUCAAGGGUCUGCUCAAACGCCAGACUGGCCAGUGGACCAAGACCGCCCCGCCGCCUUCCAAACCCGCCAGCUCUGUGGUUACCAUCUCCGGGCCUCUGGGAGCGCCGCCUCCUGUGCCGCCCCGCCGCCACCGCUCAACCUCUGGAGGAGAAAAAGCCAUUAACUCCAGCGCGAGGGAUAUCUCCUCCAUCAGUGCGCCGACUCGCGUCACCAUCAACGGCGUGGCGGUCAACACAGGAAGUGGCGGCGUGUCCGAGGCGCCCCUGCACGUGCCCGACGAUUAGUGCAGUCCUGUCCCCGCUGCGUGUGUCACGCCGGCAGCCGCUGCCUCGGCGCCUUGGCUUACGUGUGUUGAAACAGAUUACAGACUUUCCGUUGUGUAACAGCCUUGUUAUGAUGAUCAUUUUUUCCAUAACGGUUGAUAAGAGUAAGUAGAUAGCGGUCUUGUAUUUUUGUGAUAUCUCAAUGCAUCUCAAUGCAGUCUUACGGUUGAAAGCUCCCGCUCGACCUGCCUACCUCUGUCAGUCCACGAAAUGGCAGCCCUAAGAAACAAUACACGAGUUGGCCACACUGCUUUGAUUUUCUAAGUCGAGGCACCGAAGCAGGACUGGGAGGGGUAGGCACACCUUUGGUAAGCAGGUCCCGCGCGGCCUAUCUAUAGUAUUUGAAGGAGUAAUAGGCGUGGGAGGCUGAAGAAGUGAUCAUCAGGAAUGCCUUGAGUGGUGUUGUGGUGCGCUCAGGACGAUUCAGGAGCAGUGGUUACCGGUAGAGUUCGCAGGAAGUGAACCCUUGAUCCAGUCACCACCUUAGCCUUACUGGUGUAUGGAGGGAUGCUUCGCAGCUAUGCAGUUCCCAGCAGCAGACAAGCAUACAAAGUGAGACGUGUGUAUGAUUAUAUGACGUGUGAGUAGUUACAGGCACGUGGUGUUGGGUACGAGUGUAGACGAUGGUGUAACUCAACUAAUUAACGCGAGGAGUGAGUAGAAAUGGGUUAACAAUGAUUAGAGAGAGCGAGUUAUACACUUAGUUAUUUAUAUUUACCAUAUAUUGUGAUUAAUAGAUAUCUCCUCAGUAGUAUAGCAAGUCAAGGACUUGCGAAGAAUUCACUGUUGGGCCAAAGAACGUGAUCUUAGGUAUACAAAUAUUUUUUGAAUUCUGUGAGACUUGAAAUUCCUGCCUUAUGAUGUUUGGCUUCAGUUGUGGCCAAACAUGUGUACAGACUAAUAAACUGACAAAAGAUUA